AAUGUUUAAUUCCAUUUGGCACUUGAUGGUUUCCUAGUCAACCUUUGGUUUAGCUGAUUUCUAUUUCAGGUCUUAAAAAAUUGAGCAAACUGAAAGUCCUGAACCUAAACUCAAAUAAGCUCAACAUGAGUACUUUACUGUCUCUUGGGAAUCUCCAUUCGCUCAAGAGGCUUUAUAUCAACGAUAAUAGCUUGGAAGGAUCCAUUACUAUUGAAGGACUUAACAGUUUGAGAAACAUGGAGGUCUUGGAUGUCUCUUCCAGUAAUAUUAGCAGCAACUUUCUUCAGGUUUUAGACUACAUGAUAGGCUUAUACUUGCGUGAUAAUACUCUCAAUGGCACCACGGAUUUGCUUGGUAAUUCUAGUUGUACUUGAAAACCAAGUGCUUUAAUUGAAUUAAAUUAACAAGUAUUUAUUAUAUUAACUUUGUUUUCUAACAAUUUUGGCAGGCUUGUGCAAACUUAGGGAUCUUGAAGAGUUGGAUCUCAGUCAUAACAGUUUCAAAGGCACAAUCCCUUCCUGUGUUGAAACCUUGACAUCCCUUUGAGUUCUGGAUAUCUCUAGAAACAGGUUUUCGGGGAACAUCAGUUCAUCUUUCAUCUCUAGCCUCAUUUCCCUUGAGUUUCUUUCCCUUUCUCACAAUGUAUUCCAAAGUUUGGCCCCAUUUUCCUCAUUUGCUAACCAUUCUAAGCUUGAGGUCUUUGAGCUUAUCCGUGAUAACAAUGGAUUAAUGGUUGAAAUCGAUGAUCAUAAUUGGGUUCCACGCCUCCAACUGAAGAUCUUCCGUCUUUCAGGCUGUUCAGUUGAUGAAGGAUCCAUGUUCAAAUUUCUUUCUUACCAAUAUGAUCUUAGAGUGAUUGAUCUUUCUGAUAACAACUUGGAAGGAGAUUUCCCUACUUGGUUGAUGGAGAAUAAUACAAGAAUGGUAGAGCUAUAUUUGAAAAAUAAUUCUUUCAAAGGCCAAUUUCCUCUUCCAUCUCGUCCUAGCACAUUCAUCUCCGUUGUUGAUAUUUCCAGCAAUCAGCUUCAAGGACAUAUCCCAUCAAACAUAAGUGUCUAUCUCCCAAAUCUGAAACAUCGGAAUCUCUCAACGAAUUCCUUCAAAGGCAGCAUUCCUUCUUCAUUCGGUGAUAUGAAAAAUCUGCUCGCUUUGGACCUGUCAAACAAUUAACUCUUGGGAGACAUACCUGAUAGCUUGGUCUCUGGCUGCUUUCUUUUACAUGCUCUAAUAUUGUCAAACAGUAAUCUUAGUGGCGAAAUGUUUCCAAAGUUUUCUAAUCUGACCAGCUUAGAAAUACUGCGUUUGAAUGGGAAUCUCUUUCUUGGAGAAAUCCCAGAUAGUUUGCUCAGCAGCUCAGACUUGGAGAGUCUAGAUGUUAGUUAUAACUCCUUAUCAGGUAAGCUGCCAACUUGGAUGGGAAAUUUGACUUAUCUGCAAGCACUUUUGAUGGCCGGGAAUCAUCUUGAAGGACCGAUUCCCACUGAGUUUUGUUCAUGUGAGAACAUUGAAAUUCUUGAUCUUUCGCAGAACAAUCUCUCAGGCUCUAUCCCAUCUUGCAUUAGCCCAAUAUCCCUUCGCCAGGUAUACCUGCAUGACAACAAGUUCACGGGACGAAUAACAAAAUCCUUCUCUCAAAGCUUAUCUUUGGUGACUCUAGACAUCAGAAACAACUACUUGACCGGAGGUAUUCCCAGCUGGAUUUCCAAUCUCAGUUUGAGCAUUCUUCUUCUGAAAGAAAACCAGUUGGAAGGAAGAAUCCCUGUUGAGUUGUGUCAGUCGUCUAUGAUGACUAUGCUAGAUCUUUCUCACAACAAUCUCUCAGGUCCUAUUCCUUGUUGCUUGAACAAGAUACCAUUCAAAAUAGAGUUUCGUUCUGGAAAAUUUCGUAUAGCUGUUUCUCUGGAUAGUGAUCUACAGUUGUCAGCCUAUUCAUAUGAAAGCAGCUAUAUAGAGUUACUUCAAAUACCUUCUUAUGCUAAACCUGUAUAUUAUGAUAUAUCCUCUGUUGAGUUCACAACCAAGAACAGUCUGACUUCUACAGGAACAACUUUUUAUACAACAUGACUGGAAUUGAUCUCUCCUGGAAUAAAUUGACAGGCAGAAUACCACCUGAAAUGGGGGAGCUAAAGCUAAUCAGUGCACUAGAUCGUUCACAUAAUGAAUUGAAUGGUUCAAUUCCAACAACCUUUUCGGGCCUAAAGAACAUAGAAAGCUUGGACCUUUCUCACAACAAGUUGACAGGAGCAAUUCCUCAACAGCUUACUGAGCUGACUGCGCUGGGAUAUUUCUCUGUUGCUUACAACAAUUUAUCUGGUAAAAUACCUGAUAAAGCGCAGUUUGGUGCUUUCGUGGAAAAUAGCUAUGAGGGAAAUUCUUUUCUUUGCGGGCCAAUGUUGAAGAAAGACUGUAACCCAACUCCGGAACAAUCACCUGCGGGUCAUGAGGAGGGAGAGAACAGCUUUAUGGAGAUGCUGGCUUUUUACUUGAGUUUUCUUGUGGCUUACGUAACAGUGCUGGUGGUAUUUACUCUUUACAUCAACAUGAACUGGAGAAACAAGUGGUUUCAUCUAGUUGAUGCCUGUAUCACUACUUGUCUUUGUAAGUCGACCAAUCAAAAUGAUUAGAAUUUCAUCAUUGUUUAAAAUAAAAUGCAGAAGGAAGCUGAAGGCAUGCACCAAUGUUCCAGCAAAACACAGAGUCAAAUGUGUAAAAUCCCAUGAUAAUAAACUUUUGGUGAUUGAAGCAUAAUUAGAUACUAGACCUUUUUUUUUUUGUUUAAAAACAAAGUACUA